AUGAGCGUUGAUAAAAGAAAAAAAGUAAUCAAAUAAUUUAAGGAGUCUACAGAUGCUAUUGCGCUUUUACUUUCCUUAAGAUCUACUUCAACGGGAUUAAAUCUUACUAUGGCAAACAAUGUAUUUUUAGUUGAUCCCUGGUGGAAUGUAAUUAUAUAUUAUAAUCAAGCUGGCCAUCGAAGAUUAAGCCAUUGGAAGAGCUGAUAGAAUUGGAUAAUAAAAUAAAAUUAAAGUUGUUAGAUUUCUAUGCAGAAACACAAUCGAACAAUCCAUUAAUCUCUUGCAUUAAAAAAAGAAAUUUUAAAUUAAAAAACUUUAAGUGGCGAAGCUCAAAAAGCAUAAGAUUUACAAGACUUCAAAUUUGUUUUAUUUCAGUAAUAAUAAUGAGUUUGAUCAUCAUUUAAUAUUUAAUAAUUAUGUAAAUCUUUUUGUAAAGUACUUAAUGUAUUAAAGUUUUUUCGAUUUAAUAAUUCAAUUAAUCAAAUAAACAAUUAUUGUUUUUUAAUAUUAAUAACUGUUAAAGUAAGUGAUUUAAUAGACUUUAUUUUCUUAUCAUAAAAAGUUAUUCUCAAUUUAUUAAACUUCUAUUAGCUAACCUUCUAUCAAGUUUUCAAAUUAAAAUAAGUACUAUCUGCUUAAACAAUUAGUCUUUAAUUUGUAUUUCCAAUCCUUCGAGCUAGUAUUAUAGAGAGUUAAAGAGCUUGAACACCUAAAAGUUUGGCUUAUCUGUUAAUCCUUGAUUCCAAACACAAUAAUGAAUAACAGGUCAAAAAUGUUAAUUUUUACAAAUAAAUCUAUAAACAUUUACACUUUUUACUUAUAUUCUAAUAGCCAAAAUAAAUGGAAUAAUGAUAUUUCAUAGAACUUGUUCAUAUAAAUAAUUUAAUUUUUAGACAGAUCAUUUCUUAAUUUUAAGGAAAACAGAAAACAAAACUCAAAUAUAGUGGAUCUAAUUCUCUAAUAAUGCAAUAAUAAUAGCAACUAAUUUUCCUCUCAAAUCAUCUAAGGUACAGACUGUAGAAUUAAUUUAAGUUAAUAAAGAUAUAAUAGUAAAUAAAAGCUAGAGAAUUAUGAAUAACAAUGA